AUGCAGAUUGUUAAAAUUACCUGAUGUACCACGCACACAUUAACCUGAGCAUUGGGUUUAUCUUCAGCAAAGGAUAUGUACAAAACUUACACCAGUGAUGCAUAUAUUGCGCUGGAUUCUUAGAGAUGUAAAAUACAUAAUGCUGUUAGUGAAAUGUGUAUUCCGGAGUGAUCAAAGUUAUAAUCCGGUUAAAAUGAACAAUUCUGAACUAAGAUACAGUCAUGUGCAUUAAACCAUGAAUAUUACUACUAGACUGUGGCAAUGCAUGAUAUUGGGUUUAAUUAUCAUGGAUCGGAAUGGAACACACUGUUGGAUAUAAUGUGCGUAUUAGCACAAAUGAAUAUACUGGAAGGGGUGCUUUGGUGGUAGAAGUAAACAAAAUUAUACUAAAUUUCAACAACCAGAUGAUAAAUAAGAAAUACGUUGUUUACUUACAAUUUAAAGAAUAAAGAAACAUAAACUGUAUUGUGGUCUCGUUUCAAGUAAGGAUGUGACUCAUCUGAACAUGGUAACGGUUACAUACUAUUUUAAAACAACAAAUGGAGUAUCACGAUGGUACCAGAAAUAUACAAGGAACUGAAGACAAUGGCUCUGUCGAAGUUAUCAUCAAGCGAGCCAAUUAAUUGCGUAGCACUGAUCUGGACAGCAAAACAACAGUUUAAAAAAUUUAAUGCAUCGUGUUGCUGGGCCCACAGUUUGGUUGAAAGGUUUUGCGACGCCUGUUACGACGUUUACAUACUAAUGAACGAGCUUCCGGUGAGGAAUAAUUUGUACGAGUGUUGCAGGGACAUUUUUAAACGAUUCUUCAACAAUCUUCCUUCGGUCGAGUUUCAACAGGCGAUACAGUUUAUCGAAGACACACGACACCGUCUUGCAGAUAAUGAUAGGUGUAAACUUUGUCAGUUCUUUGAAAAGUGGUAUGGGCUUUUCAGUAAACAAGACCUCUCAAGGCAGAUGUUCAAAGGAAUGUUCAAAUCAAACUUUUUCGACCUGGGAAUAGUUUCACUUCGAGAAAGACGUGUUGAAACACGAAGACGGGGAUGCCAACCAAUUCCACCAAGACCUGCACUUCCUACUUUUGUACUCGACAGGGGGUUCAACCAUGGGAAAGGAUUUUUAUACAUUAUAUUUAGAGAAAUCAGUAAUAGCAAAUAUGCACUAGUGUUUAAACCUAUGCAUCAUAACUGGUCCAAGGUAUUUCAAAUUAAAAUAUAUGAAACAAAUGCAAAUAUAAUUUAUCGCAACAAGGGGAAUGUACUUAGAGAAUGUGAUUAUAUGUUCUCUGCUCGAAGCUUGAAUGCUGGAAGCGCUACGUAUGUUUUCCUACGAAUUUGUCAAUUAUAGUUUUUAUAAGAACGAUGUUCGUAAUAAGGCAAAUUUAUAUUUAGUUUUACAUUUACUAUUUACCUAUACCUACUCAUUAGGAAAUGUUUUUUUAAUGUACACAUCUCCUUUAUCCAUAAAAAAAUAUUUUAAGGGCAAAUUCAGGUGUUAUUUAGUGAGAACUAUUGACAUACUUUCAAUGGUUAGCAGAAGAAGCAUAUUAUGAAAUACCUGACAGAUAUUUAAUAUUACCAAAAACAUGUAAUUCUACACAUUGUGAGAAUUGUAUGUUGUGUUUAUUAUUUAUUUUAACGUAUUUUUUACAACAGAACUUGUUAAAUUCUUCAAAAACGAAAUACACUUAUCUCAUGUUUCUCCCUUAGUCGAGAAUUGCAAAAUCUCUCUGAAACCACAAUCCUUCAAUAUGACUUUAAAUCAAUCCCAUGUUACUAUAACCACUAAAAUGGUCAUUAUAUAAGUUUGUCAUGGUUUCGGCUGUAUUCAUGCUACUGUGAAAGCAAUUGUCAAACUAGCAAUAACGAUGCACGUCAGUAUAGAUUGGAUUAAAGCAAAAUGGCUCAACUAUAUUUCGUCUAUAAAACUAUAUAGCCUUAAGUUACAUAUUUCGUGCAUUACCAGGUACUGUCGUCCUGUACUCAGUGUGUUAAGCAUGUUUUUACGGUUAAAAUUGGCCUCGCGACAGUUAUCACGUUGUUUAUUAUUGUCUACGCAGAAAAACGAACCCAGAGCUGUAUUCAAAUCAUUUAAUUGAUGAGAAAUCUGGCAAACACAAUUUGGGCAUAUGGUUAAUAUAUACAUAAAAAGCACUUUUGUAAUUCCAGCCUUAUUUUGAUUUGUGUAUUAUAAAGAAAUUUCGAAAAACGUUUCUCAAAAUUAGAAUGAUCUUCUAAUUGACUGCAUGAAGAAAGUGGGCGAUGGUCAAUAUCUUUUCCAGAGUCAAAAUAAAGUGCAUAUGGAGUAAUACAUAAACAGAUGAAUGUCAGUUUGUGUAAGAGUGAAGGAUGUAUUUAGAAUUAUGCUCUUAGUAUAUACAUUUUAAUUACGGACAGAGAUAAAACAUGCACACAUAUAUCACAUUACUAUUAACAAAAACGUUUUGUAACAUGGUAUAAAUAAUUUAUCGUAAGAAAUAGUAUUACAUAGGUACCGUGCUGAUUUAGGUAUAAGUUAAACGCUUUUAAUAACUUAACUGUAAAACUUGCAUUUAUACGUCAUUAUAUAAAUUGUCAGUAUUAUAUUUCCCAUGAAGGUUAUAUGACAGUAUCUUUUCCUUAUAAAUGUUUUGAUAAUUGUUAUGAAUUUAAUCACAGCUUGUAACAUAAAUGACGGAGAACACAAUGGCACGACAAAUGUAAACGUAGACAGAGUCCAUUUCAGAUUUCUUUACGUUUUAUUGCUGCUUAUUAACACAACACAACGUUUUCACAUGUUUGUCAAAUUCAAGACAACACGUUCAGCCCGAAACGGGCCUCGUCCGCGACAGCACGCAAUAAUGCGCAUUCUUUGUUCGGCCGCUCAAGUAAGACUGCUUUAUUAAUAAAGAUAUGAACAACGAAAGCUUUGAUAAUUGUUACGUGUGCAAUUCUUUUUUUCUUUUUUCGUAAUUCUCUAAAACUUGUAGUAUUUCGGACAUCAUUUGGUAUUGGUAUUGGCUCUUUCAUUAUAUCAAUUAAAAUUACCAAAUGACCUAAUUAACCAUCUUUAUUUACUUAUAUAUACUUUAUUGGGUUGUUUACCGGUGCGGUGCUUACAAUUAAUGCUUUACUUUGAACUGUGCUAAUUAAAAAUUACUGUGAUAACACUCCGUAUUGGUUGACACAUUACACUAAGCAUUACCACCUAAAUCAUUAUUAUUUCUUUCUUUUUUAACCAAACUUUUUUCCAAUCCUCUCAAAUGUCUUCUUACAACAAAUCAUCCAAGGGGCAGAGUCAAAACCUGACUCCUUUACUGGGGGAGGCACUUUUAGGGUUGGAUAGGCACCAUCUAUCCCACAAUACCAUGCACUUUAAGUGUCUCCUCCAGUCAGCUGGAAGUGUAGGCCCCAUCAUGUCCCGCCUUUCUAUUUUCCAACUGGCCUCGUGUUUGGCAAGGGAACUCCCCGGACUUGUUGAGCGGCCGGUGCCCUUGGCGUCUGGCUGCGUGCUCUUGCAGCUCAAAUCCGCUCAAGCGCUUGCCACCCUUCUUUCUAGGGGUACUUUUUUCCUUGGCAAAGUCGCGGUUCGGACCUUAUCCCCGUCGAACAUGAGGUCGGUACACGGUCACAUAGCAGUGAUCCCGGAAAGCCAGGACUUGAUGGAACUUCAGACAUCUCUCUCUGUCAACCCUGCGAUACCUGUUUCUGAUCUUCUUAUCACCAAUUUGGAAAGGGUUGAACCUUAUCGCCCUGCUCCACCUGGCUUUCCGAGACUGGUCAAAAUCUCUUUCUUAACAUACCAGUCCUAAUUAAAAUUUUUGUCAAGGACACCAGCAUAGCCCUCGAUAUUCGUCCCUGCCCGGCCACACCUGCCCGUUGCUUCAAUUGCCAGGGCUUUGGACAUAUAGCCAGCAGAGGUAAAUGCCCUACUUGCCAAAGAAGGUGCACCUACAAGUCUUGUUCGUGUGCCAACUGUGGCGGCCUGCACUCCGCAUCCUACCAGGGGUGCCCCUCCUAUAAGAGGGCUAUCCAUAUAGCCACCUUUGCCAGUUUUUAUGGGGUCACCUUGUCCGAGGCGGAGAGCAGGCUACUUGCACCUGACACUGUGAGCCACAGCGUGGGCGCCCGAAACACCACCAUCACAACCGGUUCCGCGUUUUCACCUAAACAUGCCUCUUCCGGUACUAUCUCGCCCCAAACCGGGAGGACAUGCCCCAUAGUUGAGGGGUUAGCGGGUAAGAGUACCCCCCCCCUCAACCCAUAAAUAGGGACCCCCCCCAAGGUUAUACCUGUGGAACAGGUCUCCAACCACACACCGGAAAUACACAACACCCCCCCUGUAUCGCCUAUCCAGGGGGAUUCACCUACACAGAGGCGCCCUCCUGUGGCUACCAGGGGGUCUUCCCCGUCCUUCCCAUUGUCUGAUGUUGCCAGUGUCACUACUUGUAGUGGCACUACACUUUCAAACAACUCGAUGUUCGACGUGACGGGGCACGACUCUCUGGUGUCGGUGCACUCCAGUAUAUUGAAGAACCUUACAAUCUCUGGUGUCUGCGAAAUAGAGAAGGAGCCCCGAGUUAGUUUCCCCUCUAACCGUCCCAGAAUGGUCGACAUCUUCAAUGAGCUCCCUGCCGUUAACACCAGCAGACUUAACUGGAGAAUCAUUUAUCAAAAUUAAGGAUAUGCCAGCAACAGGUCACACAUAUAGGAACAUACAUCUCAGCGAGCUGACGGAUCUGAUAGCUGAGAUAAUAAAGGACCGUAAUAGGCCCACGACUGGGUGUCGUGAUAUCUCCUAUAUUUACAAUAGAAUAGAUUCUCGUUUCAAAAAUUGCAGACAAUCUCUAACAAAGGUCAUCCCCCCUGACAAAUCCCUAACAAAUAAAAUCCAUUCUGGAGCUGGGGAUCCUCCAAAAAUAGCAGACCCAGAUGCCCCCACCGGCCGUCUGUCCCCCCUUAGUUAACAAGAAACCUGCCCAGCCGGCCAGGACCCCUGCGAAACUCAAAGGGGCCUGUGCCGGUCAUAAAUUAGGAGUUAAAUCACCACACCAUAAUCUCAACCAGAUUAAACGCAAGAUAAUUUCACUCCAAUAUGGACAGUUAUCUGCAAAUCAUUUCUUUUAAUGUGAUCUUACCACUAACAAACAUACUGAGUUGAAGUAUUUCCUUGACAGUAAUCCUAAUAAACAUAUAUUAUGCCUCCAGGAAACUAGAUUUUCCAAUAACAAUGUUAAGCAAAUUCCUGGCUUUUACUGUGAAGUUAAAAAUUUUGGUAUUUUAAACCAUCAUAUUGCUCGUGGUCUUGCCAUUUAUAUUAAAAAUACUAUUAAUUACGAAUACCUGGGAGUGAACAACCAAUUAAAACCGGAUGGUAGCACGGCUAUUGAGGCAUUAGCUAUUAAAUUGGUUAUUGAUAAGAACCGGCCUCUUAUUUUGGUCAAUAUUUACUCAAGAGGAUGUGAUCUUGAAACUUUGAACGGUCUCUUUAAGGAAUUAAGGACCAUUAAAGGACCCUAUGAUGUAAUAUUCACAGGGGACUUUAAUGCACAUCACCCUGCUUGGGGUUCCAACAAUUCAGGUGCAGAAGGUCGGGCGGUUAUGGAAUGGUUGGACAAGCAAGACCUUAUACUGCUCAAUGACGGUUCUCCAACCAGACUUAACCUCACUGGUUUAAACUCCGACAUUGACCUUACUGCUGUUAAUGCCAGGAUAGCCAGUGCGUCUGCAUGGGCAACCGUUAAUGAUACAAUUUAAUCACCUCCCACAACAGGUUACCCUGCUCAGCUUUAUUGCACAGGGAACUGAUGCCCAAUGCUCAGGGGAGCAUAAAUUUUUACUUCAAAAAGCUAACUGGGCUCAGUUUAGGGACCUCUGUUCAGAUCUCUCCCUUGCAGAUGUUCACUCUCAGGACUCAAAUCAGUUUUGCAACAUUUUAACUAGUAAGAUACUGUCCAUAGUGGAAUGUAGCAUACCGGUCUCCUCCGGCAAGGUUAAGGCCAGAAAUAAGGUCCCGUGGUGAAAUGAGGCGUGCUCCAAGGCGGUACAGGAUCGUAACAAAGCAUUAAGAAUUCUUAAAAAGAACCCAGCUGAGCAUAAUCUUCUUAAUUAAAGGUCCCUCGAAAAUCAAGCAAAGCGGGUCAUUUUGGACGCAAAAUCUCAAAAUUGGAAAGAAUUCUGUGAUUCAGCAAUUAUUAAUAAGAAAAAUACUAGGGAUUUUUGGCAAAAAAAUUCACAAAAUUAAAGGAAAAUCUUUCACCCCUGUAACGUUACUUAAAUACAAAAGCGAAUUUGCCACCACCCCAAGGGAAAAGGCUCAAUUUUUGGUACAGCAUUUCCAAUCUGUCUCCAGUGACUCAAACCUUCCCGUUGAAACUUUGAACUAUCAAAAGCGGUUUGAGACUGAGCACAAAAACAUUUUAAAUGAGCCUGGGGACAACAGCACGCCUCUUAAUUUACCUUUUACUUUAACUGAAUUAUUAAGCGCCAUUAACACCAGGAGCAAUACUGCCACGGGGCCUGACACAAUAGCAUAUUUAAUGUUCAAAAAUAUGCCAACCAUAACUCUUAAAAUAUGGCUUAACCUAUUCAAUCAGGUGUAUAGGACAGGCACAGUACCACCCGAGUGGAAGCAGGCCACAGUGAUUUCAAUUCCUAAACCCGAUAAAGAACAAAAAAGAUCCAAACUCAUAUCGUCCAAUAAGUUUAACAUCUCACGCAGGCAAAUUACUAGAAAUAAUGGUCAAAAAUAGAUUAGAACACUUAUUGGAAUCUAAAAACAUACUAAACCCUUUCCAGUCUGGCUUUAGGAAGGGGCGUUCCACUCUUGAUCAGCUAGCUAGACUACAACAUGAUAUUCUUUCUGCAAAAAAUCAAGGGCAAUCAGUACUAGCAAUUUUUUUGGACCUUCAGGCCGCCUUUGAUUUAACAUUGACCUUUGGCAUAUUAAAAAAGCGAGCUGAUUAUGGAAUCACUGGAUACUGUUUUCACUACCUCAGAGCUUUCCUAGAGGGUCGCAAAAUUCAGGUCAGGGUCGAUGGGGAGUUAUCAGAGGUAACCAUAACCGACCGUAAUACCCCUAACUCUGUUCUCCCUCAUCGUAAAUGGCCUACCUGAUGCCGUAAAAGACUCAGGAAUGGUUAUUUCCCAGUUUGCCGACGAUUCAGGCACUUGGUUAAAGGGGUCUAACAUGUUACGCCUGCAGAAGAGGGCUAAAGCAGGCUUGGACUCCAUAUGGAAAUGGUCUAUUGAAUGGGGAUUCAAAAUUUAUCCAACCAAAACAGUAGGAGUAUUAUUUGGCGACCAAAUUCAGCACUCUUUGGACUUAAAUUUAGGUGGCACCAAAAUUAUUUUUGAAAAAGGGGUGACAUUUCUAGGUAUGUACCUAGAUAAACAGUUAACCCUUAAUCACCACUUCAAAUAUUUAGCAGAAAGGUGCGAAAGGGACCUAAACUUAAUGAGAAUGUUAAGAGGCACAGGUUUCGGAUCAGAUAAAAAUAGCCUCUUAACUCUCUAUAAGUCCCUUACAUGUCCAAAGCUAGAUUAUGGUGCCCAGAUCUAUGCAUGUGCAAAGCCAAACGCCCUAAAAAUGGUUGAUGCCAUUCAACUUAAGGCCUUUAGUAUAGCUCUGAGGGCCCUAAACUGUACACCGGGUGCACUGCUUGAAGAGGAGGCCGGUAUGCUACCCCUUGACUUGCGCCGUAAACAGCAGUCCCUUAACUUCUGGGCCAGGGCUAAGUCUCGGCAUGGCUCAAACCCUGUAAACAAACAUGUCGGGACUGGCACCUUCAUCAAGGGGAAAAUACUUAAGCGUAAGCAUGUCGCCCUACCAUUUGGUGCGAGUAUUAGGACCCUUGUUGAAGAUGCCGGCCUCGACAAGGUACCUGUAGCAGACCUGAGGCCCUCCAAGACCCCCCCCCCCCCCCCCCCCCCCCCCCCCCCCCCCCCCCGGACGCUUGGACCCAUUGAUGAUGAACUAUCACUCUCUAAUAAAAUAACGAAAACUGACUUGCCACAACUCAUCAAGUCAGAAGCUCUCUCACUCAUAGAUAAUAAGUAUGCUGAGCAUCUAAAAAUCUAUACAGAAGGCUCCAAAUGCCCUAACUCUGGUUUGGUAGCCAACUCUUUUGUAAUUCCUUCAAAAAAUAUUACCAAAACGCACAGGCUCAGCAACAAUCUCUCUAUUUUCUCAGCAGAACUUUUGUCAAUUAAAUACACUUUGUGCUGGAUAUUGGUCAAUAAACCUACUAAAACUGCUAUUUUAUCAGACUCAAUGUCAUCUCUUGAGUCUUUAAAAAACAGAAAUAGCAGAUCUAGGCCUGAUAUUUUAACUAGCAUUUUGGAACUUCAUCAACAGUGCCUAGAUAAAUCUUUAAAGGUCACAUUAGUAUGGUGUCCAUCACAUGUCAAUAUCAGUGGGAAUGAACAGGCUGACAAGGGGGCCAAGGAGGGCCUCUUGAGGGGGGCCGUAGAUGCUGGGGAACCCCUGGCGCCUACUGAGAUCUACUCCCUGGCAAAGAAAUUUGUUGUGGGUCAGUGGAAUCUCCGGACUCACAAUUUGGCUUUCUCUCGACAUACUUUUAUCAGACCCAUGAAAACCCUCGGGCCGCCUGACAGAUACUCAGCAAGCAUUGUGCUUGACAGAGCCAUCACGCACCUGAGGAUGGCGCGGUGGGGCGGGAAAGUAUAUCCUCGGUGUAGACCCUGCAUGUCCUAGGUGCCAGGAACCCCUCACUGCGCCUCACAUGCUGCUGCACUGCCAAAACCAUAAGGCGCAGAGGGACCACCUCGAAGCUGCAUUGCACUCCCAUGGACUAGUGUUAAACCUUUCCAACGUGCUAGACCCCAAGGGAGCAGCUAGGGGCCCGGUCUUCUCUCUGCCCUCGCCAAAUACCUUCUAGACUGUCAGAUAACUGACAAGAUCUAGGUCAUUGGGGGAUGGAGAGCAGCCAACACCCACCCAAUUAUUCAGUCAUGUGACUGAUUUGUUUUAACCGUGUAAUUUUACACAAAUCUGACGCAGUCAUUGCAACUGUGUUGGAUUUGUGUCAUUUCGACACAACUUUGUUUUUGUUUUUAACGGGAUUAUUGUUCCACCUUGCCCUUUCUAAAUCAGGCCAAUGGCGUUGACCUGGUAUUCCUUAUUUUAAAACAUUUUUUAUAAGAGAAUGACGUUAGUCAACCAUUUACAUUCUUCAUUUUCUUAAUAUACUCAUAUUUUAUAGCAGUUUUUAUUUAAAAGAAAGGACGAGGCUGUCCAGUAACCCGGGUAUGUUGGCUGCACUGCACCCCCUCCCUUCCCCUCUGACACCCCCCUUCUCCUUCAAACUCGAAGAGCCAUGUCAGACAGGAGUGCACGGUGCAGGGUCAUACACCUUGCAAAACCCAUUUUAGCCCUUUAAAGGGCAUUACCAACUCUUUGGUACUUUAAUUAUUUUUAAAAUUGCUAUAAUAAGUGUUAUAGAAAAUAAUAAACACUUGUACUUUAUUGUUUGUUUGUUUUAAAUAAAAAUUGUUACUUUGUUUAUAUAGCAAAUUAGCUACUUUUGUACCAUUUUUACUCUGUUUCAUCCCCUAUAUAUUUAGUAUUAUAGGUUAGAUUAAGGCAUCUUGUGGGUUUUGUCCUGCAUCUUAGUAUGACUUGGUAUCUCUUUAACCAAUUCCAUUUUACUGGAUUAUUUCAGUAUAACAACAUCAUAUUGUCUUUAAUUUUUAUCCAUCAUUCUCCAUUUGUAAUUUCCAUUUACUGUGCACUCCCUCUGGUCUAGGGGACACAACCAUCAUAAAACUUCACCUCCACAAUUACCUCCCUUUUACCCUUCCCAGUAGUACUACCCCUGCUGGCUCGCCCCACCCACACCAGCCUACAGUUCCAAACUCUCCUUCUUUAAACUCCCCAGGGUGGCAUCAUGUAUUUUACCUAUUAAUAAAUGCUUGCAGCUUUGUACAUAAUGUACAUAAUUUACUUUUAUAUAAACAUCUUUGUUUUGUUUAAUUUUUAACUGUAAAAUACAUUGUUUUACCUUAUAAUUCUUACGUGGCCCUAUAAAGGUAACCGUUUGUUUGGCGACAAGUAAGUAACUAACUGUAUUAUACAAAUAUUACUAUUGACUUCCUUUUAAAUAUUAUCUAAACGCCACUCUGGGAAGACGUUUCUUCUUCAUAGCCCAAUACUCCUUAGGUUCCAUACAGACAGGGUCUUAUGUUGGAGCAUUACAGCUAUAUUCCCUGUCUGCAAGUGUUCAACAUUGUGCCACAUUUACGAAUACAUACCCAUUACAAUACAAAAUAUAAUUUAAAACUAAAUUACAAUUACCAAAUACAAUUUUUUGUUAUAUUUCUAUAUAAUUGCAUGUUUACAUGCAAAUCCCCCUUUUCUUAUUAGAGCUAAUAUAUCGGGCUCUUCCUUCCCUAUUAAUUAAUGUUUAUAAAUCUUUAUAUCUUCCCAUCGCUAAGAGUUCUUUGUAUAACAUAUAACUCUAACAGCAAAUUCCCAUCUAUCCAAAGAUUUAAUACAUAGUGGCAAUGUUAAACCACUUUGUGAUCUGUAAAAUGCUAAAAUAUUAAUAAUUUUUGCUUAUUUCCAACAUAUUACACUUCCGUGUAUUUGUUUUCUUUCAUAGAAAAAUCAAAUUAAAGUAAUUCUAUAUUGAUUUUAACAUUUAAAACACAGAUCACAAAGUCUAAAGACUCCAACAAACCCAUUGCAGUAUAUACUGAACAGUGGGUCUAGUAAUGAUGAUGCCACAUACAACAGUAUGUGUUUUUACCAUCUUUACUUAUAAAAAUUGGGCUAUUCUCUCUCUUUCUCUUUCCUUUUAAAACAUCCAAUAACAAUAUCAUAUUAAUAAUAAUAAUAAGGAGAAGAAGAAUAACAAUAAAACAUCAACAUAGUAAUUUAUUACUAUAAAACAAUUCAUGUAUUCCAUUAAAUUUCAAGUUCUUUUGGAUGUAAUUAUCCUUUUUCUUUCAUUUCAUAUAUUUCCUGCACAGAAAUUCUUAUUGUUAACAAACUGUAAAGUGCACUCAAUGUCAAGGUCGUCCGCUGGGAAAUUAUUCUAUUUUGAAACCGAUUGACCUACUUGUAAUUUUUAAUAAGAAAUUUCGGCCAAUCAGCGCCAUCGUUAUAUAAGCCUUUCAACCAAUAGAAACCCCUGCUUUUUAACAGCGUUAGGCUCAGUCAAUAUGCAGUUUAUAUUGAGUAUUGCGUUUAUAUCGCAUCUUAUCUAAUUAUAAGUAAAGCUAUUUUUAAACUACUAGAUUUUUAUCAAAGCACCGCAUCCACACUGCUAAGUAUCUUAUAUUAUAAAUAGUACAGCCCAGUAAAAUCGGGCUGACCAUAUUAUGGCCGUUUUCGGCUUUUUAACGCAGAGUUUUAUGUAAAGCAGUGUGCUCGGGCAAUUGUUUCUAACCAAAGUCCCGAGGGUAAACAACCCCAUUAGUCGUUCAUAGAGAUUGGAUGAAAACUGUGACCUCUACUGUCUACACAAACAAAUUGUUGACGGACACACGCACACACACACGCACGUACACACAACGGACGCCUGACAUCACACGGUAACAUAAGCUCACCAUGUCAUUCGUGACAGGUGAGCUAAAAAAACAUUACACUGCUUUCAAGUUAAAUUGAAUUACGUUCAUGCAUGUGUAUAUUGUUAUGUAUACCAAUAUCAUAAACAUGUGUCUCAAAGAAAUCAAUUGUGUUACAUUCGAGUUGUACAUAGUAUUUUUAUCAUAUUACAAUUUUUUAUCUGUAGACCUAUAAAAGAUAAAAUAGUUUUACUACAUGUUAUACCUUAUUAUAUUCAUUUUAUUAACUGUAAUUAUACACAUUAAUGCUUAGAUAUACUUUGUCUUUCGAUAGUAAUUUGUCAAAUUGUAUCUUCGUUAUGAUAUGUGCAGUAUGAUGAUCCAGUAUUUACUAUUACAUGUAUGUCUUGUUUUAAUGCAACGUAUUAUAGCGUUCGAUAAUCAUAAACUAUUUACUGUGUAAACACUGUGCUCUCACUUUGAAUACUAAGGCUUUUGGCCUUCUGGACGUCUUUUAUACAUAAUUCUACAAAGAUACAAUAAGGAAAACGACAAUCUUGUCUGAGACACCAAUGCACUCAGCAUUAAUAUUUAGUAUUAACAUCUUAUAGUGGUCCACAACAAUUUUUUUCAAAUCAGGUCCAGUGAUUUACUUCUUAUUAAUAUUUAUUAUAUUUAUUCAGCAAAAUUAUUUUGGUUUUCUAAAAUGUAUGUGUACAGAUAACCGUGCGAUUAGCGAUUGUUUUUAACACUCAACAAAUACCAUCGGUGUGUUUUCAUAAAUAAUAUCAUCAAGUAUGGUAGCUCGAGAUACAAAAUGUCAUCAUAAUUUUAACUACAAUUGAUAUAUUUAUUUCUUGAAUAAUGUUUUAUUUUUGUAUAAUGAUUCAAAAUUUAGUAUAUCAGACCGAGCAGUGUAUGUUAACUAUUAAUUAAAGCCGACAAAAUAAAAUACAAAACAAGCACAAAAUAUAACAUUUUUCCGUAAUGUAUAUUUGGAGAUACGUAAAUACUGUAUGUAUUAUAAAUACUGUAAGUAUGUAGUAUGCGAGAUGCGUAUGUGGUGAUAUGUUUUUGGUUUUACAAUUUGGACAUUUAAUUAUUCCUUUUUCGAAUAACUAAGUGUUUAUGUGUAAUACAGUGUGUUCGUUUUUUGUUUGCAUAUUUACUUUUUUUUUUUUAAGAGACGAAUGUAGUGCUAAAACAAACUUAGUCUAGUACUUUUAGCGAUUGUUUUUUUAAUUAAAACAAAAAGAACGGCGUGUUUUCAUAAAUAAUAUCGUCACGUAUGGUAACGCGAGAUACAAACUGCCAAAAUAAUUUUUACAAAAAGGCCAAUAUUAAUUUCUUGAAUUAUGUGAUGUUUUUGUAUAAUUGUUUCAACGGUAGUACAUCAUACCUAGCAGUGUAUGUUAUCUAUUAGAGUUGACAACAUAUACUAACAAUCACACAACAAACAAGAGCACCGCCUAGCGGGUGCAGACGGCUCAUCUAUUUUUAUGCCCCCGGAUCGAUAGAUCGGGGGUGUAUUGUUUUUGUCCUGUCUGUCUGUCUGUCUGUCUGUCAUUCUGUCCCAAAACUUUAACAUUGGUUAAAGUUUGAUCACUUUUGCAAUAUUGAACAUAGCAACUGGUUAUUUACCAUGCAUGUGUAUCUCAUGGAGCUGCUCAUUUUGAGUGGUGAAAAGUCAAGGUCAAGGUCAUCCUUCAAGGUCAAAGGUCAGAUAUCAUUGUAUUUUUCUUUCCUAAAACUUUUAACCUUCGUUAUAGUUUUAUCAUAAACUUUUUAAUAUUGAACACAGCAACUUCAUAUUUGGCAUGCAUGUGUAUCUCGUGGAGCUGCACAUUUUAAGUGGUGAAAGGUCAAUGUUAAGGUCAUCCUUCAAGGUCAAAGGUAAAAAAAUGAAAAAAAUAUUUUCAUUUCUCUAUUCAAUCUCAAUGUAUCUCAUAGAGCUGCUCAUUUUUGAGUGGUGAAAAGUCAAGGUCAUCCUUCAAGGUCAAAGGUCAAAUAUGAUUGUAUUUUUCUUUUCUAAAACUUUAACCUUCACUAAAAGUUUUAUCAUAACUUUUUUAAUAUUGAACACAGCAACUUCAUAUUUGGCAUUCAUGUGUAUCUCGUGGAGCUGCACAUUUUGAGUGGUGAAAGGUCAAGGUCGUCCUUCAAGGUCAAAGGUCAAAAAUUAAAACAAAAUAAGUUCAUUUCUCCAUUCAAUCUCUUACUUACUUCUCGUGGAGCUGCACAUUUUGAAUGGUGAAAGGUCAAGGUCAUCCUUCAAGGUCAAUGGUCAAAUAUAUUGCUUCAAAGCGGCGCAAUAGGGAGCAUUGUGUUUCUGACAAACACAUCUCUUGUUCUUUUUAAAUGUGAAGGGACCUAUCUCAAUACUUCAAUUAAACAGGGAAAGGGGUGGGAGUGGAGAGGGGUGUAUAGUGUGGGUGUGUGGUCAAUUAUUACAUUAUUUUUGAAAAAAAGAAAGAAAAAAAAAGAAAAAGAAAUUUUCAUUUUGGGGGGGGCGAUUCUUAGGCGGGAUGGUUGGACGGUCUUUCAAAAAUAAAAUAAUACAAAUAAAUAUUUGUUUUUUUA